ACUCCCAUUCAUUUUGUGGCCCCCAGUCAUUAUUGUUCCACCCCCUGCCUCUGAAUUUGGGUGCAACAGCGAUCCUCUGUGUGUGGAUCUUCUCCUGACAUUAGAAAGGGGAGGGGAACAGCCACCGCUGACCUUGUUUUCCCUCCUCUUCUCCUUUCCAAGGUUUCUCUGUGCAGCCAGGCAGAGACUGGAAGGUCCAGGUGUAAGGCUGGGAAGAGACAAAUCACUUCUCCAGUCCUUCAGAGAUUUUCUGGCAUAGACAGUACAGCCUAUGAGAGUAUGUUCAGCAUAGGUGCGCACACACACCCCAGGGAUCCUAGGAGACAAUGUGACAGAAGUCCUUGAGAGCACAGCUCUGGAGGGAGUCUGGGAGUCAAGGAGAAUGAAGGACAGCAACCUACCACAGGACUAUUGCAGAUAGUCCUGGUUUUUCCUGUAUCCAAGGUGUGGAGGACUAAUCACAAUGUGGAAAUGGUGCAGAGAUGCUGCCUACAAUAUAUACCAGUGAAAGAGAACAAACAGCAUAUGCUGCCCAGAAUAUUACAGAUAAUCGGGUUGGUGAUCCUGUGCAUUGGCAUCUAUGCAGAAGUGGAAAGACAGAAACACAGAACUUUGGAAGGGAUCUUCCUAGCUCCAGCUGUGGUUCUCCUUCUGCUGGGCAUCACAAUGUUUGCUGUUUCCUUUAUUGGAAUGGUUGGGUCCCUCAGAGACAACAGGACACUGCUGAAGAUGUUCUUCUGGGUUCUUCUGGUGAUCUUCAUCACUGAGAUGCUGUUGAUAUUCAUUGAAAUUAUCUUCGAAAACAAGAUGAAUGCAGUUUUCCAUUCCAACAUCCAAGAGGGGAUUAGGCACUAUUAUGAUGACCUGGAUUUCAAGAACAUUUUAGAUUUUGUACAAGAAAAGUUCUCUUGUUGUGGAGGUGAUGAAUAUAAAGACUGGAAUGUCAAUCAGUACCAUUCAUGCAACAGCAGUGGACCUCUGGCUUGCGGGGUUCCAUACACUUGCUGUAUCAAGAAGGUCCCUGGAGAAGUCAUCAACACUCUGUGUGGAUACAAGACCCUUGAAAAAGAGCGACUGCAACUGGUUGACAUUAUCCAUGUGCGAGGCUGUAUCCAUGCAGUUGGCCUGUGGUUUAAAGACAACUUUGAAGUCACUUUUGGGAUAGUUUGUACCUUGCUGCUUCCACAGCUACUUGGCCUGGUUAUGGCCAGGUUAUAUUGGCGAAAGCUUGACGACAUAUACUGCAGAUGGGACACUGUUGAUUUCAAGGCACUUGAGGUGAUAAACUUCAAAGCAGUGGACUUAACAGGUGCUGGCUGGUGCUUGUGUUUUCCCAGAGAAGGAGGCUACAUUCCCGUCAAUGUCACAGACGAUGACGAUGAUGAAGUAGUUAUUGGUCAAAGUAAAGUGUGAAGAGGUACCGGUAUUCUCAACGUGGCAGUUCAGAGCACAGCGCACCUGAAGGUACAGACUAGAGAAUGUGUGAUGGACCUUAAGUAGAGAAAUAACUAGAUAUCACACCCAAUUGUGCUUCAUCCUCAAAUUCAUGGGAUAUUUUAGCAGGAAUUCUAAAAUAACUUAAUAUGGAUACAUGAGUAAGAAUCAACACACCCUGAAGACACACAAAAGCUCCAUAGUUUACAUGCACUGUCUUGGCAACCCCAAGUAUUUGUAUAUAU